CGUGCCACACUCUUCUUCUUGCCACAUGCGCCUUUGUUAUCAAAAUCUGGACAGACAGUGAUUUAUCCACUGAAACAGCAAUGGGACGUUUAAUUCUGGAGCACACGCUGCAGGGCCACAAAGGACGCAUCUGGGGGGUGGCCUGGCAUCCCAAGGGCAACGUGUUCGCCUCCUGCGGCGAGGACAAGGCCAUUCGAAUUUGGUCGCUGACCGGAAACACUUGGAGCACCAAGACGAUUCUAUCCGACGGCCAUAAGCGCACUAUCCGCGAGAUCCGGUGGUCUCCAUGUGGCCAGUACUUGGCCUCGGCCAGCUUUGAUGCCACCACAGCGAUCUGGUCGAAAUCCUCGGGAGAAUUCGAGUGUAACGCCACCUUGGAGGGUCACGAAAACGAGGUGAAGAGCGUUAGCUGGUCGCGAUCCGGCGGAUUGCUGGCCACCUGUUCGCGGGACAAGUCCGUGUGGAUCUGGGAGGUGGCCGGUGACGAUGAGUUCGAGUGCGCUGCCGUUCUGAACCCUCACACACAGGACGUUAAGCGGGUGGUGUGGCAUCCGACCAAGGAGAUCCUGGCCUCCGCCUCGUACGACAACACCAUAAAAAUGUUUGCCGAGAGCGCCUUGGAUAAUGACUGGGACUGCACGGCGACGUUAUCUUCGCACACGAGCACAGUUUGGAGCAUUGACUUUGAUGCGGACGGAGAACGCUUGGUUUCCUGCAGCGACGACACCACUAUAAAGAUCUGGCGGGCAUAUCAUCCAGGCAAUGAAGCCGGAGUGGCCACGCCCGAUAAGCAGACCGUGUGGAAGUGUGUAUGCACUCUGUCCGGGCAGCAUUCGCGGGCUGUCUACGACGUGUCUUGGUGCAAGCUGACGGGGCUGAUAGCAAGCGCCUGUGGCGACGAUGGAAUCCGCAUUUUCAAGGAGACCAGCGACUCCCAGCCGGACGAACCCACGUUCGAGCAGCUCACUGCGGAGGAGGGUGCCCACGAACAGGACGUAAAUUCGGUGCAAUGGAAUCCAGUGGUGGCCGGGCAGCUGAUCUCCUGCAGCGAUGAUGGCACCAUAAAGAUUUGGAAAGUAAUCGAGUAGUCGGCCGAACAAUGUGUGGUAUAUUUAAGUGGUUAAACAAUAAUAGAAUUUCAUUUUUUGUACAGUUUCUUCCUUAUAAGAAAUUAAAGUAUUUAAAUGAUG